GUCCAUGCUCACUCUGCGCAUUUUAGUCCUCGGCCGCACUCAGCUCAUUGCCCUUUUCCCUGCUUUCGGCGAUGCUCUGAAACAAGUUACACCUCCUCCUGUGGUGGAGAAUAGCUGAUAAUCUUUUCCGGGAAAAAAGUUCGUAUGGAAGAACAGAGUAGCAUAAGCACUUGGCAGAUUUCACCACUAGCUAUUAGUUGGAUAGCAAAUAAUACUCCUGCUUUACUUGGUGGCCAAGACGGGAACCAGCACUAUGCCAUCCCUACCGGGGAUAAUGGGAUCGAGUCAGCGUUCCCUCAUGUUCCUCAUCAAUGGAUGUAUUGCCAGCAAACAUCUCAAAACUAUGUUGAGUUUCUUGCUGAGAGAGCAUACCCUGAGUUUCAGAAACACACUUCAUGCAAACUUUCCACACAAAUAGAGUCUAAUUUGGGGCGUGCUGAUCCUUCUUAUUUGAAAUCAACUUGGAGUGAGGAAUUCAAUCAUGUUCUUCAUGAUUAUUCAGGUUCAGGCCCUGAGCUGGCAAAACGUUCUUCUACAGCUCGUCGUAACAGAUCAAGAGAGAAGGCCUAUGCUGCUGAUCGUUUUCGCAGACUGAGGAUAUCGCAUUGGUUAGAGGCAUUGCAGGAGGUGGUGCCUCAUGCAAAAGAGGGUGGUAAAGCAGCUUUUCUAGAUGAUGUGAUUGACCAUGUCAAAUAUUUGCAAUAUCAAGUGAAGGAUCUGUGUCAAAGCCGAUUGGGAGGUGAAUCAACUUCCAAUUCUUUUAUAUUCAUUGAGGGGCAUGGGCACUAUGUUGUUCAGGAGCAAAUGCUGUAUGGCCCUUUGGAAGAGAUGAUGGGGAAGUUGAUUGAUGUUUACCCUUCAGCAGCUUCUGAAUUGUUGCAGAGUAAAGGUCUUAUGGUGUUGCCAGUGGCCUUUGCAGAAGGACUUCUUGAGCCCGUCCAGAUUCUUGACACUAAGAGAAAGGUGCAUUCUGAUCUCCCAAGUUUUUGUCAAGUAAAUAUGGUUGGUUCAUCACAGUUCUAGGGAAGCUACUGCAAGAUUUCAUACAUUGGGAGCCCUCAUCUAAGGCCUAAUAUAACCAGUGUUCAUCAUACAUGAUGCAGAUAAUAAUAGGACAAGUUUGGUGAGGGAAGAAAGAAACAUUGCUUCAAAAGGGCUUACAUUUUAUGUUGCCGGAACUGAAUUUUUGUUUUAAAGACACUUACCUUAAAUAUUAUGAUAAUGACUCUACAAAACUACCAGCUACUGAAACACCUCAGAAUAGAUUCACUUUUUAUUACACUUUGGAAAAGCAUACAAAGACAGGU